AUGUUUAGGUCAGUGGUGAAUCAAGUAUCAACCAUUUUCAAUAGGCCAAAUUGGGAGCUACAACAAUGGCGAGUAAUAAGAGUGAAGGUUACGAACAACAACUUAGACCAAGCAUUGUUUUUAAUGCAGAGGAAAAUGCAGUCUAGUGGAAUGGAAAGGCUUAUAAAGCUUGAGCAGUUACACCAUAUUAAGAAUUCGGAGAAGCGGGUAUUGGCUCGUAAGAUUCUUGAACAUAAAAUACAUUCUCAAGAAUUGGCUCGUAAGCUCAAAUCCAUACUCAUCAAGAAAAUGAGGAAGUUGUGGCAACAGAUUCCACAGGUGUUGCAACACCUUCAGCAACUGUUUGUUUUUUUCCCAACAAGUUAUGAAUAUGUUGCAAUAGUUUCCUCAUCUGUUGCAACAACUUCCUCAUUUGUUUCAACUGCUUCAACAAUUGUUUGA